ACUAAAACUCGCCUCGCAGUGUUGGCGAAAAUGUGGUGAAGUGUAGACGCGUCCCUUCCGCUCGUUGGCGCGUUGUCGUUUGCCUACCAAGUGCUUGUUUGAUAAAUCGUCUACAACUGUGGCAAGUGCUGUGUGUUGCGUGUCUACAAACCAAAGAAUUGCAAACGAAUUGCAAAAGACAGCUUCAAUAUAAACAAAAACACAGACACACACACGCGGAUACAAAAUGCUGAAAACAAAAACAAGCGACGACAAGCUCGACACGCUGCUAUCAAGAUCUGCGGUGCCCAUCAUCGAUCUGGCUCAUUGCGGCAUUGAGGAGGUGCCCGUGAAAUCGGUGGUGAAUCGUGUGGGUCAUCAGCUCCAGAAGGCAUUGUCCGAGAAGGGCAUGGCGCUGCUGGUCAAUCAUGGCAUAUCUGAUGAGAAGCUGAAGACCGCUUGGGAUCAUCUGGAUGACUUUGUGGACCUGGAGACGGAUGUGAAACAGCAUUACAUACGCAGCGAUGGCGAUAAUCAUGGCUAUGUGAGUCCGGGAGUUGAGAGGUUUGAUGGCAAGACACCGGAACUGCGUCAUGCAUUCAACAUAUGCACAUUGAAUGCCCAGAAUCUGCCGGAGGAGCCACUGCCUGGCUUUGCGGAUCACAUUAGCACACUGGCCAAUGACUUCAAGGCGCUGGCCAGCUUCAUACUGCAGGCGCUGGCCGUCUCACUGGACAUUCCGCACACAUUUUUCCUCGAAAAGCACUCACACAUGUUGUCCGGCGAUCACGACAAUAUGACCACCCUGCGCAUGCUCUACUAUCCGCCAGUGGUGGACGAUGAGCCCGGACAUGGACAGAAUGAUGUGAUCAAGGGCCGUUGCCAAUACAGCUACCAGCGUUGCCUCUCGGAUCAGCCGGACUUUCGGCCCGAACAUAAUCCCCGCGAAGAGCUCAACGAACUGGAUGGGAUGCCGGCCAAUGGCAAAGAUGGAGAGAUAUCCGAGCACAAGCUGGCCAAUGGCGAUGUCAUACGCUGUGGCGCACAUGUCGACUAUGGCACAUUCACACUCCUGGCCCAAGAUUCCGAAGGUGGCCUAGAGGUCAAAUUACCCGGUAGCGAGAAGUGGCAUCGUGUCGGCCAUUUACCAGGUGCCAUUUUAGUCAACUGUGGCGAAAUCCUGUCCAUUUGGACAAAGGAGCGAUAUCCCGCACUGGAACAUCGCGUCGUCAUACCAGAGCAAGAGCACUUACGAAAUCGUGGUCGUCACUCGAUCGCCUUCUUCUGCCAUCCAGACAACAUUACAAUGAUAUCUCCCAACGAUCUGCCUCAAACAGAUGCCGCACAGAACUCAGCGUGCCUCAAGCAGCGCAAGAAGUCCUUUAAGGCGGCGAAAGAACGAGUCUACAACGCGUAUCAGUUAAUACAGAAAAAGUUUAAGGAUACGUACAGCAAUAACAAUCAUUCUCAAUGACGUUGCAAACUUUGUGUUCCCCCUGUCACCACCUUUCCCCAACAGUCUGUCAUCCCGUGAAGCGUCACCUACCUGAGAGGAGUAUCGUCGAUAAGAAAUUUGAUGAUGUUUUCAUAUUUUUAUUUUAAUUUUUACUUUUAUUAUUAUUAUUUUACAUAUACGAUUGUAAUUGCUUCAUUUCUUUAGUUUGUAUCAUAUGUAUUUGAUAUACAUGCAUACUAUUUAUAUAUACAAAUACAAUACAUGCAAAUACCAUACAAA